AGGCUGGAUUCGUGGAAGGUCCCUGAGCGUCUGCAGGUUAGCAGGUUCUUCAAGGUGAACCCUGCCUCCAAAUACGACGAUGUGUACGGCUUCAUGGCUUUCUUCAAGGAUCAGCUUUCGGUGGACAGCAUGUAUCAACGAUACCUUCGUGACCUGCAACACAUAUCCAACAACUCAGGGACGCCAAAUUACGUCAAGACAGAGAUCGAGAGAAUUGUCAGAAAGACUACAUCCACGUACUUUGCUCAAGAGGCAGGAAGGCGAUCUCUCAAGCAGGACAGAGAUAGUGCUGAGAAUGCCGUCGCAUCCACAUUGCUCGGUGUAAUCGCCAGCGGUUCAAAAAGGGCUCACCCACACAACGUGCCCACCAGUCAAUGGGAUUCACACCCAAGACGCACCUCUAGCAAGGACCAGCGCAUUGAGUUACAGGAAGCAGAAAAAUUCCCCAACCCUUUCAUUGUUCCACCAUCCCAGGGCGAAGACACUCGCACGUUUCAAAGCAUAUCUCCCGCUGAAGAGGCAUCCGCUACAGAGUGCAGCAACCGGGAUCGGACUGAAGAUGAAGGAGAAUCUCAGGAAGAUAUGGUGGCCUUGACAGCCAUAACCCCCUUCGCUGAUUUGGUCACUACUCUCUAUUGCAAGUUUCGCCACAAACUCACAAGCACGCCACAACCCAUAACGACAUUCCCCAGUGAGUCCCUCCGGGAAUUGUAUUUUGUUGCAAGCUCAAUUCUGGAGAAGUGGGACCAAGCCGACAAAAUCACAAGAAAGGAUUGCUUUGUUGCGCUCAGCGGAAUAAUAAACACCAUGAGCCCCGCCAACAGAAUUCAUUACAGCAAGUUUGAUGAGAUAAAGAGUGCAUGCGUUAUCCAGGAUAUGUUCCAUGUCUCACCGUCACAACGGACGAUCUUCCAGCAGCUCAAGUUAGCCUUUGGGAACAAGAAGAAACAGUCAUUAGCCCGCCUUCGCAGAUACUGCCAGAGAAGAUCACUCGAGAUCGAGGAGCAGGAGGAGAAGGACGAGUGUGUAGAAGGACGGGAGGAGAUGAUGAAGGAGGAGCGAAAGAUUAUGGACACCUUGGCAGAGCUGUGCAAGGAGAUCGAAGUCAGUACGAUGAGGGACAAGCCUUCAGAGCAAGAAGUGGUCUGUGUAUGGCGAAAUAUCGCUCGUGUUAUAUUUGAGGAUCACCUUAUCGUCCGCAUCGGUGAGCUAGGAGCUGAGGCCACGAGGGAGAACCGUGUACAGGUGGAGGAGCAGUUCGGAAAAUCGGAUGCCAACAUCAGAAGUAGAAAGGUCGACAUUUACCUACAGGUUCCCGGGCAAGAGACGCGGAAACCCCUCGGAGUGUGCACAUGGGAGGCGAAAGUAACAGACACCUCGACCGAGCAACUGCAAAUUCAGCUGCGCAAGAAUAUCAGGACUAACGCAGCGCUCGCGAAUGCAGUCAGGAUGUAUGUGGACCCGACCUUCCCCAGACGGUCACCGAUCAUCCUGGACAUUGAAGGCCCACGUGCCUUGGCAUACAUGGUCCGCAAAGUCGACACAAGUGUAUUCGGAGCGGGUGCAGUGUCGCCCCAAGCGAUUGCAUUACCAACGUGCGCCGAGGAUAUCAUCCACUUUCUGGAUUCUGGCCAUCUAUCCGCGUUAUUGCGCGUCGGUGAGCACAACAUCUCAUUCGCAGAGAUGGUCAGGGCAGGAAUUAGGAAGCAUUGCGAUGUUCAAUUGUACGCCAAGGUAGCAGGAGAACCAAUGCCUGAUACCAUGGAGCCCUCGAUUAUCUUUACGCCCACCAAGAAGCAGCAGAAGCAGAGGCAGUAAUGCAUGGAAAAGUCAGGGUGACCGGGAUAUGCCUCGCUUGGUAAAUACAGUAUCCGCUUGGCCUAGAAUAACGUGCCAUCAACAGAUGCCAUUCAUACACAACAAUGAGCUGGUAAAAAUGAGUAACUACAGUACAUACACUCAAACAAAAAAAAAAAAAAAAAA